GAGUGGCUUCGGAGUGUGAGGCCGUGAAAUUGACCGAUGUCAACGGCGAUGUAUCGAUAACAAUUACGCUGCAAAAUAAAUGUUUUCUGUCACAAGCAAGCCGCGUUCAGACUGCAAGAACCUAAAAUAAAAUCAAGAGAAUUUUUAGCAUCUGUUUUGUACCUCUGUUACCUGCGGAGAAUGCAAUUUUUGACCCGCUUAAGACUCGCCGCUCAUCGGCAAACCCGCCGCCGACGUGAAUUAAUCGCGGCCUCGCUGUCCUCAGCGUCGUCGGUGUUCGGCUCUCUGGCCGCCAUUAUUGCUUUCCAGCAAAACCACGCUAUACGCAAAAUCGGGAAAAUUUUUCGAGCAAUUUAUCAACAAAAUUGCGCUCGCUGAUGCAUGAAAAGUGCGGUAAAAUUUUUAUCAGUCAACGAUAACGGUAACUACGAAGACAAAAAACAAAACGAGAAGUAAACAGCAAUAAUAAUAAUAAUAUUUGAAACAACAACAAGCCAGAGGAUAAGAAGCAGUUGAAGAAGCAGAAGCAGCAAAAGAAACAAAAAACAAUUUCGAUUUAUUAAAAAAAAAAAAAAAUCAGAACAAAAAAAAAAAACGACGAUGAACUGAAAUGUGCAAAUUUGAUGAACGUAAUUAUGCCAAUUCACACAGAUCCUUCGAUUUCAACGUGAAAAAUGUCGUCGACACAACUGCUGCAUUCGUUGUCACUAUUGUUGUUGCUACCAUUGCGUUGUCGUCGUAAUUGCAAUACAUUCAUCACCUUGGCCAUCUGGCUGCUGUCGGCGCUGUCAGCGGUAAUCCACAAGGACCACGAAGGACGACAGCAGGCGGCCGAAAAGAAUCGGGAGAGGUCAAGGCUAAGGGAGCGGCCCAGUGAGGCGGCAGCGCCGGUGGAGAAGGAUCUUCAGCGGCUGCAGCAGGGGCCCGGUGAGGAGGAGCAGCAGCAGCAGCAGCAGCAGGAGGAGGACGAUACUCCCUAUAUAGCCACCAAAGUUGCCCAUAAACGGCAAUCCGCCGAUCAAAAUCUAACAACAAGCAGAGGCACUACGUCAGCCAGGGGAACGGGCACAGGGGCUGCGUUAACCAGCUGGCAGAGCAGCCACAGCCACCGCAGCCCCGGUGCCAGCUCAUCGGCGCAGGAGGAGCACAACACAGUGGAGUUAACAUCUCCCCCGAUAGCGAGUAGAGGAGCCACAACGAAGCCAACAGUUCGGAGUAUCCCUAGUAGGAUCACCAGAAGCAGGGGAGGCAUCAACAACACCACCACCACCGCCACCGCCGACGUCAGUACCCGCCACAUCCACAUCCAUAGCAGUUGCAGCACAAGUCCGCGGCUUCGCAGUUGGUUAGCCGCAGGAUUAGUAUCAUCCAUAGCCACCUAA